CCGCUCCGCCACACCCAAGAUGGCGCCGGGGGGCGGCCGCCCCGGCUCUACAUGCACGAUGGGCGCGGGGCGGGGAGUUCACAGGCGGCUGCCUCACGUGAGGAGCUGAAAAGGGAAGCGCCGGGGGUGUGCGGGCCGGAGCUGCGGCGCUGGAAGGAGCUUUUCCAUCGUGAGGAUGAAAUACCUGCUCCCCGCUCUUCUGUACCUCUCGCUUGUGCUGCUGGGGCCUGGCGAUGGAGUCAUUGUAUUGUCUGUCCCUGAAGUGGUUUCAUUAGAAAGUGGAAGUUCAACAAAUGUCACUGUCUCUCUGAGGGCUCCACUAAAUGAGACACUGGUGAUCAAUUUUAAUAUUACACACUCAUCAAAACACAGCACUGUUGUUGAACUGCCUGAUGAAGUAGAGUUGCCUGCAGGUCACACUAAAGCAGACUUCAAAGUGAAAGCAGAUGAUGUGGGACAAGUAACAGUUUAUCUUUACACCACUAAUUCCAACUUAACUGGACCUAGGAUCCAGUUUCAGGUGAUUCACAGCAUCAUAGUGAGAUAUGCUGAUGAGGUGAUUGGUUGGAUCUAUUUCCUGGCCUGGUCUGUCUCCUUUUACCCUCAGCUCUUCGAGAACUGGCGACGAAAAAGUGUAGUUGGACUAAGCUUUGACUUUAUAGCAUUAAACCUUACUGGCUUUAUAGCAUACAGUGUGUUUAAUGUUGGACUCUUCUGGAUUCCCUUGAUUAAGGAAGAAUUCUUAGUCAGCUACCCCAGUGGGGUGAACCCUGUGGCUGUCAAUGAUGUCUUCUUCAGUCUCCACGCAGUGGCUCUCACUCUGGUUGUCAUCAUUCAGUGCUGUAUCUAUGAGAGAGCAGGACAGAAAGUAUCCAAGGUGGUUGUGGGACUCCUGGCACUUGCAUGGAUCUUCACCUUCACAACACUGUUUCUUGCUGCAGCUGAGGAGAUGACAUGGCUGCAGUUCCUGUUCUGCUUCUCCUACAUUAAGUUAGCAGUCACACUGAUAAAGUAUUUUCCACAGGCGUACCUGAACUUCCGCCGGAAGAGUACCGAGGGAUGGAGCAUCGGAAAUGUGCUACUGGACUUCACUGGUGGAACCUUCAGCCUCCUCCAGAUGUUUUUACAGUCAUACAAUAAUGAUCAGUGGAAGUUAAUCUUUGGAGAUCCAACCAAAUUUGGCCUGGGUGUCUUCUCCAUCAUCUUUGAUAUUGUUUUUAUGGUCCAGCACUACUGCCUUUAUAGAAGACAAGGGUAUGAACCUUGUGAAUAACAUCACUUGUGACAAAAGCUUUACAUUGAACUUGUUCCCCCCCUGGCUGAGGGCUUUAGGGAUGCCUGCUGCCAGUUACCAGAAAUACUGACUCAGCUGUCUGUUUAUACUUUGAUCCUCUCUGGUGUGGAAUACAAGCUGUUGCCUUGCCAAAUGCUGAUUGCCAGAUGCCUUAAAGGACAGCAAGCUAACCACCACUUGUAAAUGGGAGACUGAAGCCCGCUGAAGAUGCAGACAGCUUAGUGUGAGCUGCCAAGCAAGGUGUGGCUCUUGUUCCAUUAACAGGAAAGAGAAAGACCAGAGUGUCUUUGGGUGGAAAUGCAGAGUUCUGGCUUACAAGUCUGAGAUAACUUAAGAACCACUUGAUAUAAUGCAGUGACCCAAGACUGUGGAUCUAAGUGCUGCUGACACCUCACCGAUCACAGCAGAACA